GGCUGCAGUGUGCGUGUGCUGCCGUGACGUCACCGGUGUCGCUGUCACUAGAGAUUGUAUAAUAUAGAGGGUAUAGAUUGUGCUUUUCAUCUAGUGACGUCACACACUGCAGCCGCAGCAGCCAUGGCAAAUGAGGUGAGAAAUACAAUGACUCAGUUUUGGGAACAGCAUUCACGGGAUGCAACUGUAGAAGAGAUGAUGCUUGACUCGAGUGCUGCAAUCCUGUCCAAAGAAGAGAAGCCGGAGAUCAUCUCAUUGCUGCCAUGCUUAGACGGAUUAAGUGUCCUGGAGCUUGGGGCUGGCAUAGGCCGUUAUACAGGACACCUGGCUAAGUUGGCAAGCCAAGUCACUGCAGUGGACUUCAUGCAAAACUUCAUUGACAAGAAUCGGGAGGACAACGGUUCUCGUGGAAAUAUUAACUUUCUACAAGCUGAUGUCACUGUUUUGGACCUACCCGAUAACAGUUAUGACUUCAUCUUCUCAAAUUGGCUCUUCAUGUACUUGACCGAUGAAGAAUUAGCAGCCUUGAUUCAAAAGAUGUUGGGAUGGCUUAGACCCGGUGGCUAUUUUUUCUUCAGAGAGUCCUGCUUUUUUCAGUCAGGGGACUGUGAGCGAACAUUUAACCCAACGGUUUACCGUACACCAGCUCAGUAUAAUCACCUCCUAACAUCCGUCACCUCAAAGUCUGGAGACAAUGGUUUUGAGAUUGUGAUGUCAAAGUCGGUGCAGACAUAUAUAAAGAUAAAGAAGAAUCAGAACCAAGUUUGCUGGAUGAUGCAGAAGGUUCCUCGGAGUGGUGAUGGGCACCAGGGUUAUGUAACCUUUCAGCAGUUCCUUGAUAACCAACAGUAUUCUCGGAGGGGAAUACUUAGAUAUGAAAAGAUAUUUGGGGAUGGCUUUGUUAGCACUGGAGGAUUGGAAACUACUAAGGAGUUUAGUGCCAUGUUGAACCUUGUCCCUGGUCAGCGAGUCAUUGAUGUGGGCUGUGGCAUUGGUGGCGGAGACUUCUAUAUGGCCAAGACAUAUGGGGUUGAAGUCCUAGGGAUGGACCUGUCAUCUAACAUGGUGGAAAUUGCCAUGGAAAGAGCUGUCAUGGAGAAGAAUCCUCUGGUGCAGUUUGAAGUAGGAGAUGCUACCAGAAGGAUCUUCCCUGAAGCAUCAUUUCAUGUGGUGUACAGCCGAGACACCAUCCUGCACAUCAAUGACAAGGAAGCACUUUUCAGGAAAUUCUAUUCCUGGUUGAAACCUGGAGGGAAGCUCUUAAUAACAGAUUACUGUUGCGGUGAGCGCCCGUGGUCUCCAGUAUUUGAAGAAUAUGUGAAGCAGAGAGGUUACAUUCUGUACACACCUGAAGAGUAUGGCCAGCUCUUGAAGAAAGCUGGUUUUGUCAGCGUUCAGGCUCUGGAUCGGACAGAACAGUUUGUACAAGUUCUGAACAAGGAGCUUGUACGCACUCAAGAAAUAAAGCAGGAAUUCCUCGAGAGCUUUUCUGAAGAGGACUACAACUACAUAAUUGAAGGUUGGAAGGAGAAGCUUCACCGCUGUAGCCUUGGGGAUCAGCGCUGGGGCCUAUUCCUGGCAGCGAAACCACUGGACAUCAUAUCGUAACAGCUCUUUCAGCUCAGUCACAAUGAUGAUUCUUGACAGUUUUUAUAAAAAAGGUUUCUUUGUUCGUUUUGUAUUUCUUUAAAUAAUAAUGUCUGUUAUCUCUUGUGUUGUAGCUCGAUGUCUUUUCCCAUUUUUUUUUUUUUUUUUUUUGUUAGUCGGAGGCAGCUGUGAAAUAAUUAGACAGCAUGAGAAUUACACAAGCAGUACACAAUAUCUGUAUAUCUGGUGGCUAUUACAGUAUCUGGUGGCUAUUACAGUAUCUGGUGGCUAUUACUGAUAUUACAGUACUGCUAUAUCCAAUGAACAACACUAAAUUGCCUAAAAGUAAGAGAAGGGUGCUUUACUAUAUUUACAACAACUAUGCCCAAGGGGGCACUAAUACCCUUUUUUUUAACCUCUUACCACAUCAUAUUAAAACAAAGUCUUUAUUUACUUUCUUAUAGGAGUAAAUACCUCCAGCCGCUCCACAUCCAACACCAAACACAUUAUGCCACCGGAAUACCACCGACAUGCAAAUUACAUUAUAUUUUUGGGCUACAAAAUCCCAUAUGGCAGCAGCUUAAUAAAGGGAGUUUUAAAUUCCCAUCCACUAACAUUUUACGAUAUUGUAUAAUAAGUGCCAUGUCUGAACCAGGCCUAAAAAAAAUUGUUUAGGUGUAUUAGGGGGAAUUUAUAGAAAUUAGGGCAAGGGAAGAAGUAGAGCCGUAGCCAGAGGCAACAAGAGUCCAGCUCCUUUUUCUCAGAGACCCUGUUGAAAAUAAAAGCAGAGACCUGUCUUGUUUCAGAAGUUUCCCUUUGGAAAAGUUUUUAUUGUUAUAAAUAGAUUUCAGAUAUAUAUAAUUCUAAAGAAUGUUGUAUAUUUUAUUAUACGUUACAGUAUUGCAAUCUAAGGGCAUUAAGAACCAGUAAUGGAAAUGUACCUUAACAUGUUGUAAUAAAUAAAAAUUACUUUG